GGCUGAUUUAAAGUUAAUAUGAUAAUUUGGUAAGGUUACUUCUUAGGAAACAUAGACAUGAAUAUUCGAUGUCACAGGUCAUGGUUCUAUUAGGAAAUAGUGAUUUGUGAUUGGUGCAUUUCGAUCCGGUGAUUACCAAGCUGGGGGUACAUAAACUCGAAACAGGCAGUAUUUCGGUUUAUUCUCUCGUCAGAGUAUUAUUACCAAACUUGCAAAAUGUCAGGUCGCGGCAAAGGCAAAGCUAAGGGCACCAAGUCCAAGACUCGUUCAUCCCGUGCAGGGCUUCAGUUCCCCGUCGGUCGUAUCCACCGUCAUCUGCGCAAAGGCAACUACGCCGAGCGUGUUGGUGCUGGCGCACCGGUCUACAUGGCCGCCGUGCUCGAGUACCUGAGCGCUGAGAUCCUCGAGUUGGCCGGCAACGCUGCCCGCGACAACAAAAAGACCAGGAUCAUCCCCCGUCACUUGCAGUUGGCUGUCAGGAACGACGAAGAGUUGAACAGGCUGCUCCGCGGUGUCACCAUCUCUCAGGGUGGUGUGCUGCCCAACAUCCAGGCCGUGCUUCUGCCCAAGAAGACCGAGAAGAAGCCCAAGGCAUAAGCAGUUUCUACU